AUGGCUAAAAAGAAGACUUUGAAACAACAGGAUUUCCAAAAGAAGAAACUCAAAGUUGGCAAGGCUAAGCAGCCAGCGAGCAAUGUAACGGACACCUCGUUCACGGCGCGAAUGAUCUCGCUUCCGAACCAAGCAAAAAUCAGGUCGGCUGGAGACGGAAUUAGUUCGAAUCACCGGAACCUCGAGCUGGAUGUAAUCAAACGACUUUCGCUUUGCAAGCAUCACAGUGCCGUUACGAGAAAAGAAACCUUGAUAUAUUUCAAGCAAAUAACUCCGAAGAUCAUAUAUACCAAAUGCGUCACACCGAUGCUUAGCAGUUGUCUGCCUCUUAUCUGCGAUGAUGACUCGCAGGUCAGGUCUGCGUUGCUGGAGCUAUUCGAAGAGAUCGGUCAGCAUGAUGAGAACGUGCUGCGAUUACACAGCAGAGCUUUAGUGCUAUUUAUCAACAGUGGCAUGACACAUAUAGCCCCUGCAAUUCAACGCGAUUCUGGAAAGUUUUUGAAAUGCGCUUUACGCUACUGUGGAGAUGAACUGGUACGCAAUUCGUGGGUGAAGAUGCUCAAGGGUAUGUUCGGUGUUUUGGGAUGGUCCACUGAAGCUUCCAAAGGCCCGAAGGGUGCGAAGAGUGUCAGUAUGGGUAUGAAGACCUCUAGUGUUGUCAGCAUGAACAGCGCUAAGUUUAAGAAAGCUCAACAAGUUAAUCUCGAGACUCUAUUGGAUUUCGUGAAGUGUGGGUGCAUAGAGCCUGCAAUGGAUCCAGUUCAAGCCGCGCAACAAGGUUCUACAGCAUAUAACAAGUACCUGAUUCCGGCCGUUCCGCAGCCAUACCAGCACUUGAAGCUGUUUGUGAAAGAACUAAAAAAUGACAAGGACACAAAAGGCUCGAAGCUCGAGGAGCUUAACAAUGCUACGUUCCAGGACUUUUCGGCGAGGCGCGAAGCCCUGGUUGAGCAUUUCUAUGAUCCCAUGCUACUAAAUGUUACAAAUUUAAUUGCCGACGGCGGAGAGUGCGGCAGGACUGCAAACUCUUUGAAAGAUACUUUGGAGUCCAUAAUGCAGCUUCAAGAGGCUUGA